CGUUUUAGUGUUUACAUCAUCAUUUGUAUCAUUCGGUACGCGUAUCAGUUUAGUACGAUACUCCUGCUUGAUACGUUCGUACCAAGUUGAUCCGGCAGCGUUUACACCAUAUUUCUUACUUACAAUCAGAUAGAAUUAAAUACAUUUUUACUACAAUUCAAGUUAAAUUACAAUGUCAAUAAGAAGAAUAACUUUAGAAGAAGAAAUGAAGAAAAAUCCACAAUUGAAGCUAUCAGAUAUACAAUCACUGAAAGAAUGGUGCGAGAAACAAUCGCACUUGCCAAAAAUUGAGGAUAGCUUUCUCGCCUUAUUCCUUCACAGUAAUUAUUAUCAAAUGGAAUCAACGAAAAGAACAAUCGAGAAUUAUUACACAACCAGGACGCAUUCAUCAGAAUUUUUUUGUAAUCGGGAUCCGUUGGAGGAAAAGGAAUUACGACAAGCUUUCAAAGUUUCAUCCAUUUUCCGCUUGAAUGGAGUAACAAAGAAUGGCUACAAAAUGAUAUAUAGAACAUUUCUGGAUGCCGAUCCUUCUCAUUAUAUUUUCAAAAACGAUGUUAAAUAUGGCCUAAUGUUACUCGACAUGAGUUUUUUAAUGGAUGGUACAAAUAACGGUUACGUCCUUAUCUGCGACGCUAGUAAGCUGUCUUUCGGUCAUGUCAUACGAAUGAAUCCAUUGGAAGUAAAAAAAUGUUUCUAUUAUAUCCAAGAAGCAGCACCGGUGCGUCUAAAGGCAAUGCAUAUCAUUAAUACUCCAUUUGCCAUGAGAUUGUUCAUGAGAAUUGCUAAACCUUUCAUAAAGCAAGAGCUGAUGGACAUGAUACAUUUUCAUUUAUCAAUAGAAAGCAUUUCCAAAUACAUCCCGGUGGACGCGUUACCAAACGAGGUGGGUGGAAAAGCAGGUUCUGUACAAGAAUUAGCCGAAAUUCAAAUAAAGCAACUUGAAGAUUGUCGUGAAUGGUUUUUGUUGGACGAAGCAACAAGACGCGUUAACGAAACUUUGAGAAUCAACAAGCGCAAAUAAGCGAGCCGUUCGGUGCAAAUGAUACUUUCAAAAAACUCGAUAUAUGUAUCACAAAAUUCGUUUAUGUAUGUCAAAGUACAAUUUAUAGUGUGUAAUAAAUGAACAUGUGGGUCUAACAUUGGCGUUAAGUUUUAAUAUAAUUACUAAACAUCAGAUUUAUUGACAUAUAUCUUAAGUUGUAAUUAUUAGUAAUUAUGUAACUGUAAGUCAUUAUAUGUUCUGAUUGUUAU